UCCAUUUCACAUCAUAGUUGUUUAAGCAAAAAAGAGUUAGCAUGGAGUUUGGGAAGGAAUUGGGACAUAUUGUAGGCACCGGUAACGAACAUGGGGAAGACUCUAAUUCUCGCAGUGGCCAAAAGAAGACUUAUCAUCGCCAUACUAACUAUCAAAUAACCCAACUAGAAAGAUUUUUCACGGAAUGCCCACACCCAGAUGAAAACCAACGGCGUCAACUAGGGCUGGAGCUUGGUCUAGACCCAAAACAAGUUAAGUUCUGGUUUCAGAACAAAAGGACCCAAAUAAAGGCUCAGCAUGAGAGGGCGGAUAAUAAUGUUCUUAGAGCUGAGAACGAAAGUAUCCAAUGUGAAAAUAUUGCGAUUCGAGAGGCACUGAGCAAUGUGAUCUGCCCUUCUUGUGGAGGUCCGCCCUUUAGUGAUGAAGAUCGUCAACACAGUUUGGAAAGACUUCAAGUUGAAAAUGUCCACUUAAGAGAGGAGCAUGAAAAGGUAUCCAACCUUCUGGCCAAGUACAUGGGGAAACCAUUACCAGAAAUAGAGAAGCUGGUAAGUACAAUCCCUGGAAGUACGGAUGGGUCCUCUUUUGACCUACUUCCAUCUGCUGUAAGGUCAGGCCCAUCAUCAAGCACCCCAAACAUGGAACAAGAAAAAAUGAACCAAAUCAAAGGUAUCACAGAGAUGGAAAGGGGAGUUAUGGUAGAGACGGCAGCACUUGCCAUGGAUGAACUAAUUAAGCUUCUCAAGAUUGAUGAGCCUUUGUGGACCACGGCAUCAUCCUCUUCUGUGCCCACCACUGAUCAUGGCGAUGGUGGCCGUCGUACUCUUCACCGUGACAACUAUUAUAAGAUCUUUCCGCAGAGAGACAAUAUCAAUCAUCAUCUCCCAAAUCCCUCCUCUGCUCGUUUUGAAUCAUCUAAACACUCCGGAAUUGUGGCCAUGAAUGCUGCGCAAUUGGUUGACAUCUUUCUUGAUUCCAAUAAAUUCGUAGACCUACUUCCUACAAUUAUUACGAAAGCUAAGACAAUUGAAGAAAUUGAAAAAGGAGACUUGGGAAACAGACAUGGAGCUUUGCUACUGAUGUAUGCGCAAAUGCACGUCCUUUCGCCUCAUGUGCCGCAAAGAGAAAUUUCAUUCCUUCGCCUUUGCCAACAAAUUGAGGUUGGAAUUUGGGUAAUUGCUGACGUAUCCUAUAAAAUUUCAAAGAAUAAUAGCUCUUCUUCUCGUUGUUGGAAGUUACCCUCUGGUUGCAUCAUUGAAGACAUGCCAAAUAAUGGCAGCUCCAAGGUUACCUGGGUUGAACAUGUGCUGGUGGAUGAUAGUGUCCAAACUCAUCGGCUCUAUAGAGAUGUUGUGUGCAUUAAUAACACUGCAUAUGGAGCUGAAAGAUGGAUUGUCUCAUUGGAAAGAAUGAUUGAAAGACGCACUUAUUGUUCCAAAGUCAUUGAUCACAGUAAUAUUUCAGGUUUUCAUGAAUUUGGUGGAGUGAUAAGCUUAGCAGAAGGAAAGAAAAGCAUAACGAAACUUGGGCAUAGAAUGUUGAAAAGCUUUAGUGGGAUGUUGGGGAUGUCAGGGAAAAUGGAUUUUCCUCAUUUAUCUGAAGUCAACAAUAGUGGAAUCAGAGUGUCAGUUCGUAAGGGCACAGCGCCAAGUCAACCUUUUGGAAUGAUUGUCAGUGCUGCUACCUCUCUUUGGCUUCCUUUGCCGCCCCUAACUCUCUUUGAUUUCUUCACGCAACACAAAUCCAGACUCCAGUGGGAUGUUCUCUCCAACGGUAAACAAAUACAUGAGAUUGCACAUAUUCCAACUGGUGCAAAUCCCAAAAAUUGCAUUUCUAUUUUACGGCCGUUCCUGCCAAGUGAUAACAACAUUUUGAUGGUUCAAGAGAGCUAUGUAGACGCUUUGGGAUCAUUUGUGAUUUAUGCACCAAUAGAUGUGCCAACUCUUAACCUAGCAAUAAGUGGUGAGAACAUCUCAAAUGUACCAAUACUCCCUUCUGGAAUCAUAAUAUGUGGUGAUGGUCGCACACAUGGUAUUGACCCAAAUGUUGAAUUAGCUUCGGAUUCUCCUAACACAACCAAUGCAUCCCCAUCAGUUGUUGGUUCACUUCUUACUGUGGCUUUCCAAAUUUUGGUUUCUAAUCCUUCCUCUUCCAAACACCAUAUCAACAUGGACUCUGUGGCCACUGUCAACACUCUUAUUAGCUCAACUGUCCAGAAGAUUAAAUCAGCUCUUGGCUGUUCUACUGAACAAUAAAACUCUUGUAUCUUUUAUUACAUGUCUUAUGCUUUUAUCGCCUUGUUUUAUAUUUCAAGUUUAAACAGUUAGUUAAUAAGUACCUUUAUUAUC